CGCGCAUCACCUUUGCGCAUCUGUGAAUUCUAGUCAACUGUAUUUUGUACCUCCCGCUCGAUUUGCGCUAAAUCGCGUUGUUUAAUUUUUAGACAAAAUGUGUUGACAAAUGAAAAUCGGCCCAAAUAUUUUCUGGAAAUCAACCCAUUGACGCCUAUACUAAGCAUAUUUGAGUAUUAUUAUUUUAGAAAAAUAUCCACCAAAGAUAUUCCAACCAAAAUAAGUAAACUGUUUAAUAAUUUUUAACAAAAAUAAUGGAAUAUGAAGAUAUUUACGAAGAUCUCCCCGAAUUCGACUUGGGGCAAGAAAUGGAAAAGCUGAAAUCAAGAGUAAAACAACUGGAGGAUCACAUUCAAAAUUUACAAAUCACAUAUGCAAAGCAGGAAAUAGAACUAACAGAGAUGAAAAAAUCACACGAAAUACUUAAAAUUAACAUAUCAGAACUGUAUAUAACUGCCAAAAGAGAAAUCGAUAGGAAGAAUAAAAUUAUAGCAGAUUUAAGGGAGGAGCGAGACAAUAUUGUAUUUAGAAAGAAGCAAUAUGGUGAUAUCAAUUUUAAUAAACGUAAUAGAGAUUUUGAUGAUAAGCCUGUGAGUAAAAAACAAAGGUAUAAUGAUCGAGAUAGUGAUGAAAAGUCUAGUAACGGAGAUUCCAAAAAUCCAAUUCAUUUUGAUAGUCGAGGUAGAGAUAGGAAUAAUAGUAAUCAAUACAGGAGUAGAGAUAAAGAUAAUUAUAGGGAUAGGGACAAGGAUCAACAGUUGGAUAGAGAGACUGAUGAUAAAAGGCCAUUUAUCAAUAAAAGGUCAUCUAGUAUCAUAGACUAUAAGUCUGAAAAACUACAAAGACUGGAACAUAGAGAGAAAUAUAGUGAUAAAAAGGAAUAUAAGAAUUUGGAUGAUAAAGUUAAUUUAACAAGAAAAGAAUCUAAAAGAGACGAAAAAGUAAGCAGCAGAACUUUUGAUAAUAGUGUAGAUUUAAGAUCUAAGUUGGACAAAAAUAAUGUUAAGGACAAUGGUAGCUAUAAAAUACCUAACAAAACACAAAAUAAGCCUCAAAAAAGUAUUACAAUAAAUAUUAGUGAUGAAGAUGAAGAGGAAAAUUGUAAAAACGACAAAAUUUUAGAACAUUCCAAAAAUUCUACAGAAACUGUAAAUAGUGACAAAAAUGUAAAGAAAUCAUUGGAUAUUUUAAAUGAAAAAGAUUGCAAAAUGGAGAUUAAUAGCAUGCAAAAUAAUGAAAAACACCUAAAUAAAAAUGAUAAGAAAAACCAUGAAAACAAAAGUAAAGAGGUAAAGUCAGAAAAAGAAAAUAUCCUACAAAAGAUAUCUGUAGAUAAAGUAAAAAAAGAAGAAAGUGAAGAAUCAGUUUGCAAAAAAUCCGUUGCUAUAUCAAAUAAAGACAAACAAUGUUCUGUAGAUUUUAAAGAAGAAAAAUUAGUUCACAAUAAAAAAAAAUCGAAAGAAGAGAAACAAUCUUCUGUACUUUCCAAAAAAUCCCUUGAAAAAACGACCAUUAAUAAAGAAAAAUCAAAGGAAAAGGGAAAAACUGUGGAUUCUAAAAAAUCUACUGAGAAAACAAAUAUAAAUAAGGAAAAAUUAAAAGAAGACGAAAAUUCCUCUAAAGGCAUCGGAAAAUACGAAACUAAUCACAAAAAAUCUACUGAUGAAACAAAUAGAGAAAAAUCAAAAGAAGACAACAAAUCUUCCAGAGAUUCUAAAAAAGAAGACGCAGAUCACAAAAAAUCAAUUGAAAAAACAAAUACCAAUAAAGAAAAACAAAAAGAAUACAAAAGAUCUGAAGUUUUUGAAAAGGAGAAAUUUUUUGAAGAAACAAAAGUAAAUAAAGAUAAAUCAAAAGAAUUAUGUGGAGUUUCUAGAGAAGGUAACGAAAAAUCCGAAAGUGAUCCAGAUGAAAAACCUAAAAAUAAAAGACAAAAAAACAAAAAUGAAGAACGGAGAAGAACUAGAAGCAGAACGAGGGACUCAAUAGAAGAAAGAAAAAAAAUUAAAGAAUCCAUAGAAAAACCAAAGACUGAUGAAUCAAAACAUGUUGUGAUACCUUUAACAGACAUUGCAGUGGAUUUAAGAGAUAAAAUUAAGAAAGAAGAUAUGAUAAAUAAAAAAGACAAAUCAAGAAAAUCCAACGAAAAACCUUUAAGUACCUUUGAAAAUAUUUUAACAAAGAAAAAUCUUGACGAAGAGUUUCCAGAACUCCAUCUCACUCAUGAUGGGGAGAUUCCCAUUCUCCAUCUGGAGGAAGAUCACUUUAAAAAUGUUCCCCUCGAUGAAAAUAUGCAGGAUAAAAACAUUUUGAAUCUCAUAGAUGCUAUGAAUAUCACAGGGUCAGCACUAGAGUGUGAUGUUAAGUUUAAAAAUGCCAGUGAUGAUAAUAUUAAUGCAGAAACUUUAAAUGCCACCAAAGAGCACAGUAAUGAUGGUCUGAGUUUUACGAAUUGUUUGAAUAAAGUCACUUCGACGCCGAAUGUAGGGGAGGAUAAAUCGUGCAAUGAAACUGUAGAGUCGAGUAAUAACAGCAAAAGUGAUUCUAUUAAUAGUAAUAAAAUUGCAACUGCAAAAAGAAAAAGGCGAAGAGUUGUUAUGUCGUUUGCUGAUGAUUAAAUUUUAUUUAUAAAUAUAUAUAUUUAUAUACCUAUUAUGUAUGGGUGUUUCUAUCCAACUAGAUUUAUUUUUAUUGUUUGGAAGUUCUUAUUGAUUUACACAAAUUUAGUAGUUUUGGAAUGUUAAAUUUUACGUUCUAAGAAACACCCAUUGCUUACAAUUUACUUAAAACCUAAAACAUAUAGAUAUACAUAUAAUUUAUUUGCAGUAUUCUUACUUAAUGUUAAUACAUAUUAGAAAAUUUAGUUAAAUGUCUGUAAAUACUUUUACAAUGGAAAUAUGUUGAUUUUUAUAUUAAAUAAAUAAAUAAUAAAAAUA